AUGGCGCCAGACCUCUCGCAGAACAAAGCAGCCCGCAUCGUCAACCACGCGGCAGCGCACAAGUACGCCAUCGCGGCCAUCUGCUGCUACAACGUCGAAGGCAUCCUCGCCACGGUCCGCGCGGCCGAGGCCAAGAAAUCCCCCGCCAUCAUCCAGCUCUUCCCCUGGGCCAUCACCUACGCGGACGGCAUCCUCGUGCACGCCGCGGCGGAGGCGGCGCGCAACGCCUCCGUCCCCGUCGCCGUGCACAUGGACCACGCACAGACGCCGGACAUCAUCAAGCGGGCGGUGGCGCUCGGCGGCUUCGACGGCAUCAUGGUGGACAUGAGCCACUACGAGCGCGAGGAGAACCUGCGUCUCACCAAGGAGCUGGUGGGCUACUGCGCGGAGCGCGGCAUCGUGACCGAGGCGGAGCCCGGCCGCAUCGAGGGCGGCGAGGACGGCGUCGCUGACACCGCGGACCUCCAGGGCGUGCUUACCACGCCGGAGCAGGCCGAGGAGUUCGUCGCCACCGGCAUCCAAUGGCUGGCGCCGGCGUUCGGGAACGUGCAUGGCAAGUACGGCCCCAAGGGUCCGCAGCUGGAGUGGGAUCGGCUGCAGGGCCUGAUCGAGAAGGUGGGCGACCGCGUGCACUUUGUGCUGCAUGGCGCGGGCACCGAGUGGUUUGGCGAGGAGCUGAUUGGGAAGAUCGUCAAGGCCGGCAUGGUCAAGGCGAACUUGAAUGACGCGGUCAAUAACUCGUUCAUCAAGACUAUGUCCGAGAAGGCGGGCAAGGUGGGUCUGACAACGCUGCUGGAGGAGGCGACCAACGCCAUGCAGGCUGAUGUGGAGAGGCAUAUGGAUUGGUUGGGAAGUACAGGGAAGGCGGAAGGUUGGGCGUGA